AUGGUUAUCGUGUAUUAUUUUCUUUACAAUCGAUUAGCCGGUGUUGCAAUACGUGCUUGUGUCGAUCGAGAGUACAUGUUAGCCAUGGAGGCGCAGGGCGGGGGCCGUGAUACCCGUUUUAAUUUAGGCUAUAACAUGUCUAUGCUGAGCGGUGAAAGCUCUCCGGACAUGUACUCAGGACACGGCCGGGCAUCGAGCUCUUUGAACACCGCCAUUGCCCGCAAUUCAUUAUUACCAACUUCGUGUAAUGUUGGAAUCCCAAGAGGGAUCAAAAGGACAUCUUCGGAUGUGUGUUUCGAUCAAGAAGUUACGGGCGGAAGACCGAUGACAUCUCAACCCCUGUCCAUCAAUACAGACAUUAGUUCGGAACUUGUGGACGAUGGGUACACCCAAGUACAACAAAGUAAGAAAACCCCUCCGCCCAAUGGUAAAAAGACUAAGGGACGGGUCAAAAUUAAAAUGGAAUACAUAGACAACAAACUUAGGAGAUAUACCACUUUUUUUAAGAGAAAGACUGGAAUUAUGAAAAAGGCUUACGAACUGUCCACAUUAACGGGCACACAAGUCAUGUUGCUGGUAGCAUCAGAAACUGGUCAUGUAUAUACAUUUGCGACUCGCAAACUUCAGCCUAUGAUAACAUCAGAGGCUGGAAAAGCUUUAAUUCAAACUUGUCUUAAUUCUCCGGAUCCGGCUCCAUCUUCGGUCGGCGGAGACCAAAGGAUGUCGGCGACGGGAUUCGAAGAAACGGAGCUGACUUAUAAUAUAAGCGACGAGGAGCAAAAAGUAAGACAGCUUGUUUACGGGGGUAGCCCUCACUCGCACCAGCACAUGGGUCAGCAGCAUUUGCAACAUUAUCCCGGGAGUCCUCAUCAUCAGCAUCACAUGAUGGGACCUCCCCAUCCUCACGCCCAAAGUCCUCCUUCGCAUCUCAUUCCCUGUUCGAGUCCGUCGCCGAUGAUGGGAACGGGUUACGGUCAACCUUCUUGUCCGUCCCCUUUACCACACUCAGGGUAUCCUCCGCCUCAUCCUCACAUGUCUCAUUCUCAUCCGCAAAGAUGA